AUGCAAAAUGACACUAUAAUUGUCUCCACUUUAGAAGUUUACGUUAAUUGGACGAAACACAAAGUUUUUACGUGUUUUACUGCAUUCGAAGACAGAAAUUUAAGUGGGCCCGUACUAAACGCUUCGCUAACCGUAGCCACAAGGCCCGAGCAAACAUCGAUAAUCGGCGUACGUUUUAUAGAAACGAGCGAUCAUCAACUCGUUGAAAGCCUUGAAAUAUAUUGGAGACAAAGCGAGGAGUUUAAUUAUACGUAUAGUAUUAGAUAUAGUAUCGAUGAUGAUGUUUGGGGUAAAAAAUCAUAUACAAUUAAUGAUAUUGAAUGUCAUUAUCGGUCAAACGAUGUGUAUCGCGUCCCAAAUACAACCGGGCAUAUUUGCAAAGCGUCUAUUAAAGCCGAAAUAGUUCAACUAUACAGAGAAUACAAAAUGUAUUUAGUGACAACUAGAGACCAAUGUGAAAUUCGCGGACCGACAAAAAAAUUUGAGUUGUGGCCUUCUGGAAAGGAUCCCGGACCUAAUAAAUAUGAACUAUUUUUGAUUCCGCAUCCGGUUAGUGAUUUUAGAAUUCGUGUUGUCAGGCAACAAGUGGAGCUGACGUGGACAAACAUGCCGAAUUUUAACAGAUGGUAUCGUCUCCAUUACAAUUGCUCGGAAUUAGGAGUUGCAAAGGAACAAACAAUAAUUGGAAAAACAGAAUUGACAUUGUAUGGUAGUAAUUUCACCGCCUAUAGACCGUACGCACUGUGCGCCUUUUGCAUACAGGUCUAUAUCGUGGACUCUGAAAUUCCAUCCUUGCCAUUCUGUCGGGAGGCGAGACUUCACGAGGAAGCGCCGAGCAAACCGCCGACGAUAACUUGUAUCGCGAAGGAGUGCGCGACGAUCACCGACGGACGUUUCCGGAACGUGACGAUCCCCUGGUCGCUACCUCCGCGCGAGACGUGGAACGGAGUUUUGACGCACGUCGUGGUGAAAUAUCGUCGUGCAGAAAACGGGUCUAGCUUUUUGAGGAUUAUCGAACGAAACCUUACCUAAGGUUUUACUGUCCUUCCAAAGUUAGCACGAAACUGUAGUUAUAUGGUGCAGACAGCGGUUUGUAACGAAGAAGGUUGCAGUAGUUACGGGAAUACAGUUUUACCGGCAUUAUUGGGAAAACAUCCACAGCGCAAUCAGGAUGGCAAAUCGAGCGAUGAUGUCCCCCUUUGGGUCUACAUUAUUGUAGGCGCACUCGUAAUUGUAAUUUGUGGCAUUGUUGUGUGGUGUAUUUGUAGGGAAAUAAGGAAAAAACGCAAGCAAAAAGAGGGUCAAUUACCCAAACUGAAUGAGCCUCUCGACUAUGACAACGUCUGUGGGGACCAAAUCGCACCGAAAGACUACGAUGUUUUAAGCGACGAUGUUUUGAUUGGACAGGGAGAGAGUAAUGCAGGUUUAGAGCCUUCAGAUUAUUCUCAAGAAACUAGUCUAUAA